AUGGCAGCUUCAUCGGCGAGUCUUCUCUCUACGAAGCCAUCCAUUUCACAGGCCAGUCUCUCAUGGAGGCGCCAGCUUCCUCCCGUCUUCGCCACCAUCUCUCUUCCCAGCCGCCGCCGGGGAGGAGGAAAGCUCGUCGUUUAUGCCAUGGACGCCAAACCCACCGUUUUGGUCGCCGAGAAGCUCGGGGAAGCUGGAGUCAAUCUGUUGAAGGAUUUCGCCAACGUGGAUUGCUCCUACAAUCUGACCCCCGAAGAGCUCUGCACCAAGAUCUCGCUCUGCGAUGCCUUGAUUGUUCGGAGCGGGACGAAGGUGACCCGGGAGGUUUUCGAGUCCUCCGGUGGGCGGCUUAAGGUGGUCGGACGCGCGGGAGUUGGUAUUGACAACGUGGAUCUGGCCGCCGCCACGGAACAUGGAUGCCUUGUUGUGAAUGCGCCGACGGCUAAUACUGUUGCUGCCGCUGAGCAUGGUAUCGCUCUGCUCGCUGCCAUGGCUCGGAAUGUUGCCCAAGCUGAUGCCUCUGUUAAAGCUGGAAAGUGGCAGAGGAACAAGUAUGUUGGUGUAUCACUUGUGGGCAAGACACUUGCUGUCAUGGGAUUUGGAAAGGUCGGGUCAGAAGUUGCUAGACGGGCAAAAGGACUUGGUAUGCAUGUUAUUGCACACGAUCCUUAUGCACCAGCUGACCGUGCUCGUGCUAUUGGAGUGGAACUGGUUAGCUUUGACGAAGCCAUUGCAACGGCUGAUUUCAUCUCACUGCACAUGCCCCUUACACCUUCCACAAAUAAGAUCCUUAACGAUGAAAACUUUGCAAAGAUGAAGAAAGGGGUGAGAAUUGUGAAUGUAGCCCGUGGAGGAGUAAUUGAUGAAGAUGCUCUUGUAAAGGCACUGGAUGCUGGCAUAGUGGCUCAGGCAGCACUUGAUGUUUUCACCGAAGAGCCACCUGCAAAGGACAGCAAGUUGGUUCAACAUGAGAAUGUCACCGUGACUCCACAUCUUGGUGCGAGUACAAUGGAAGCUCAGGAAGGAGUUGCCAUUGAAAUUGCGGAAGCCGUUGUUGGAGCAUUGAAAGGGGAGCUUGCUGCUACUGCCGUGAAUGCGCCCAUGGUUCCUGCUGAGGUUCUAUCCGAGCUGAAGCCAUUUGUUGACCUUGCUGAAAAACUUGGAAGACUUGCUGUUCAGUUAGUCACUGGAGGAAGUGGUGUAAAAACUGUGAAAGUCUCUUAUGCAUCAGCUAGAGCACCCGAUGAUCUCGACACUAGACUCCUUCGUGCUAUGAUUACCAAGGGUAUUAUCGAGCCCAUCUCUAGUGUUUUCGUGAACCUGGUGAAUGCAGAUUUCACUGCUAAACAAAGAGGACUCCGUAUAACCGAAGAAAGAAUCCUGUUGGAUGGUUCUCCUGAGAGCCCCCUUGAGUUUAUCCAGGUUCAAAUCGCAAAUGUGGAAUCAAAAUUCGCUAGUGCGAUUUCAGAAACUGGGGAAAUUAAAGUGGAAGGACGUGUUAAAGAUGGAAUUCCUCACUUGACUAAGGUUGGAUCAUUUGAAGUAGAUGUGAGCUUGGAAGGAAGCAUCAUCCUCUGUAGGCAGGUGGAUCAACCAGGAAUGAUCGGAAAGGUUGGCAGCAUUUUGGGUGAGGAGAAUGUGAAUGUGAGCUUUAUGAGUGUCGGAAGAGUUGCUCCAAGGAAGCACGCUGUCAUGGCUAUUGGAGUUGAUGAGCAACCUAGCAAACAAACAUUGAAGAGAAUUGGAGAAAUACCAGCUGUUGAGGAGUUUGUUUACCUGAAGUUAUAG